UCAACAGACCGGUCUGCAGUGGGAGUGUUUAUGGGAUCAGGAGACAAACCAACGUGAACACGGUGUACCGUAAGGCUAUCGGAGUUAAGGGAGCCCAAUACCGACCGGACCAACUACUUAACCAGAGUAAGGGCUCCCGAUCCCCGGCACAGCAGUCCAGCCUGAUAGGGGAGACACCGGUUAUCCCAUGGAAGAGUGGUUCGUCCUCUCCUCCAUCCAGCCCCGGUUCCACUCCAAGCUCCCCAUGGAUGCGGACCUGGCCGUGGCUGUGUUCCUCAUCAUCACUGGAAUGAUGUCCAUGCUGGGAAACGGCACUGUGCUAUUGGUCUACUUCAGGAAGCGCACAAAACUCCGGCCCCAAGAAUUGAUGACCAUUAACCUGGCUAUAUGCGAUUUUGGCUUCAGCCUCCUGGGGGCGCCAUUUGCUAUAAUUUCAAGCCUGUGUCACGCCUGGGUGUUUGGGGAGGCCGGCUGCUUAUGGUACGGGAUGCAGGGCUUUCUGUUUGGCAUCGGCUCCCUUCUCACCACCUGCCUCAUCUCCCUGGACCGCUGCCUGAAGAUCUGCAGCGUGCGAUACGGUCAGUGGAUCGAGAGGCGCCACGUCACCCUGGCCAUCGGCCUGGUGUGGCUCUACACCUUGUUCUGGUCCUCCCUGCCCGUCUUUGGCUUCGGGAAAUACGGGCCUGAGCCGUUUGGAACCAGCUGCACCAUAGAGUGGUGGAGAAUGAGGUCGUGUUUAAGCGACGGAAUCUACAUCCUCCUGAUCCUCAUGCUGUGCUUUGGGAUCCCCACCAUCAUCAUCAUCACUUCCUAUUCGGCCAUCCUGAUCACGGUCUACAGAUCAAACAACAUGCUGGCCUCCAUCCCCUUCUCCUCUGUCAGCCACAUCAGCAACAAGGACCUGAGAAUCACCAAGAUCGCUGCUGUGGUUUGCGCCAGCUUCCUGGUGGCGUGGACGCCGUACGCCACUGGCUCUAUCUACUCCGCCCUGGUCCUCGCGUCCCAGGAUGAGCUAGGGUAUUGGGGUCAUCUGCAGACCGAGACCCCUGGGCUCUUUGAGGCCGGGGCUUCUGUGAUGCCCAAGCUCCUGGGCGUCCCCUCGCUGUUGAACAGGACAUGGGCGUGGCCCGGCGGAGACGGCCCUUCCAGCAGCUCCGGGGAGGACUUGAACAACGCCAGCUCCCCGGUGUUCCCGUCCACCCCGGACCUUAGCCCGCACGCUGCUGCCGCCUCCGCCCUCAGUUUAGCCCUCAGCCAGAGGGGGGGGCCGGAGACGGAGGACUCCCAGGGGCCCUGGAUCCUCCCCUUGGUCAGCCUGAUCCCUGUCAUGCUCGCCAAGUCCCACUGCAUGUUGAACCCCUUCAUCUACCAGACCAUGAACCCCGAGUUCCGGCGGAGCGCCCGCAACGUGCUCCUCUGCCGCGGGUCCCGGAGAGGCUUGGUGACCGAGGGGUUCACCCAUGAGGGUAUCUUCUCCUGGCACAGCUGGAGGAGAAGGAGCAACUCGCUGGAUGCGGUGGAGAUGGAGGGCCAGCAGGGGGAGCCCGGCAGUAAGCCGGAGAGAGGAGGAGCCUGGUCGCUGACAGUGGAGAGAGAUGCCUUGGAACUGGGCUCCUUGGACACACAGAUCGACACGCAAAGAAAUCUGGAGAAACUGGAGGUCCACACCUAGCGGUCUCUUUCCAGUUUCUUAAUUGUAUUAUAUUUACUAUGUUAUGCCAUCUUUUGUUUUUAUUUAAUUGUAUUAAUAUAUGACAGGAGACAGAUUAUGAGUAAGAAAAUACGAGGUGAGAUGACGAAUGAAGAAAUGAAUAAAAACAUUUUGAAUAAGUCGACAAUGGCCUCGUAACACAAUUACUCUCUUUUUGGCA